AUCACCCAACCCCCUUCCUCCACCCUCACCCUCCAGCCUCCAGCCCACAGGACCCCCGCCUCCCCCUCUGUCUCCCCCCACCCCCACCCAGCUCCUUUCACAGACCCUCCCUUGCCAUGACCCACUCUCACCACCUCUCAACAACAGCACGCACACCGGGCGCUCCUCUCCUUCCCAUGGGCGUUCCUCCCCCACUCCUCCUCCCCCAAGGUCGCUUCUCCCCCACCCAGGGUCGCUCCUCCCCCACCCAGGGUCGCCCCUCCACCAUCCAUAGGAGCUCGUCCCCCACCCCUCCUCCCCACUCCAUUGCAGGUUCCCCAUCCUACCGUGGUCCCCCUCCCAUCUCCUCCACCGCAGCCUCCUCUGGCCCCUUCCGGGGCUCUGCAGCCCUGACCUCCACCGCUCCCUGUACCACCACCACCACCACCACCACUGCUGCCACCACCACGAGGACCUCAGUCCAGCCCCACCAGGACAGGACACACACAGCCCCCUCUGGUUCUACAGCGGCCGGCCGCAGGAUAGGGGAGCACCACCCUCACCCCACAGCCAAGGCAGGGGAGUCCCAGGAGACGGUGGUGGACUCUGGGAUAGAGGAGCUGGACAGCCGCAGCAGCAGUGACCACCACCUGGACAACAUCCUGGCCAUGAGCGGAGGAGCCAGAGAGAGGCUGGAAGAGAGGCUGGAGAGAGGGAGGGAGGGAGGAGGAGGAGGGGAGGGAGACAGGGCGGGAGGAGCAGACCUCCUGGAGUCGUACAUGAGCUACCUGGACGGACAGACGUUUGACAUGCACAACGCCACAGCCGCCGUCUCCACCUACCCCAAAUCAGGCAGGUUCAGGGAGGGGGGGCGUGCGGCCGAACUACGCAGAGAGACCGGUACCGCCCCGCCCUCCUUCCAGUCACACAGACGGAGGGAGGAAGAGGAAGAGGAGGAGGAGGGCGAGGAAGGAGAGGAGGAGGACGAUGGAGGACGGGAGGGUUAUGGGAUGACACAGAAUUUGGGGCGUCCCACAUCACCCUACUUUGACCGGCCCCGGACCCCUGAGAUGAAGCCUCUGUGGGGGUCAGAGGGUCAGUUAGUAGGGGACCAGGGGACCUACCUGGAGGGCCGGAGGCUGUACCCCCCCAUAUCCAGCAUGAAGGCCAGCAUCAUCAAUGAGCUCAGCAACAAACUGCAGCAGAGAGGGAGCCAGAGAUCACUAAGUAGACACAGAAACAGGUUUUCAGAAGACUCCGCCUCGGCCCUGAGCCCCCCCUCAGUUCGUUCCCUGUCCCCCUCCCCUAUCCACCACUCCCAGCCCGCCCUGUCCCUGUCCCCCACCCCUUCCUCCCAGUACCCAAACUGGAACCGUCCCCCCGUCCCCCAGCCCCCUGUGGCUGCCGUACAGCCCCCCUCCACGCUCCCACUCCCCCUGUCCUCCCCCACCUACUCCCCUUAUCCCACCUCCCCUAAACACCGGCCUGUGUAUCGCACCAAAGCCCUGGAGUUCCAGUUCAUUCCAAGUAGAGAGUCCAGGAAGGCAGAGUCCCACCACCUGCAGCGUAGGAGAGCCCCCAGUCCCCUCAUCUCCCCCUCCGAGAGGCCCAAACUGGGUCCCCCCCGCCCCUCCUCCCUCCCCCUCCUCCCCACCACACCCCUCUACAGCAGCCUCUACGAGCUCCGCGGCUCUAUGACCCCGCCCUCACCCGCUAACCACAUGGGGGACCCCUACUUCUCCCCUUCCCCUCCUCUCUUCGCCCCCUCUGGCGCCCCUCCUCCCCCAAACGCCUCCCUGUUGGUGUCUCGCUCCCUCUCCCCCACACACUUUUUAUCUGGUAGCUCAUCCCCUCCCCUGCACCCUCUCCCCGCUCCCCCUGCCUGAGCUACCCCCACCUCCCUCCCCCAUCCCCCUCCAAGCCCUUUGCCUCCAAGCCACUGCCUUAUUGGACCAAAUACGACGUGGCUGAUUGGCUGGGAUACCUGAACC